GAGUAGUUUGUCAUUAUAUACACUGUAUGGAGUUAUUCCUGUUGCAUAUUAUUCAGACUUCUGAAAUCUGCUGUAUUCACAUAAUAAAGUCACAUUAUAAUAAGUGUGUAUUGUUCCAUGUGUGGAGCCUUUAACGUGUUCACCUUGUGCAGAAGGGAACCCACCAGUACCAGGAAACGGCCCGGCAAAGGUCACGCUGAUUAUUUAUUGGCAAUCUGCCAAGAGGGAGCGCGCGCACGAGUGUCUGUGCUGCCCGUGCGUGUGCGUGCGCGUGCGUGUGUUUACUGGUUUACUGGAAGAACCUCUGAACGGAGGAGGCGGAGCCUUACGAACAUCGGCUUUACUCACUGGAAGUGGAAACAACCUCCAGUAACCUUCCUCCACACACGGACACGAUCUGGCCGGCUGAUAUCGCCGCCGCCGCAUUCCUCCGCUCAGGACAGAAACACACACACACACACACACUCUUUGGAUACUUCCUUUGGAUUUUAAUGCCUGACUUAAUCCUUCGUUUAGCACUACUCUCGGGUAGUUUGCAUAUAUUUUCCUUUGGCGACGAGCGGCUGCGGUGCGGGGCUGAACAUAUCCGCAAGCUGUGUUUAGGUGCUCUCUCCCAGCCCCUCUCUGGAUGCAUCAGACUCCUCUCCCCCGGGGCCCUGGACCCGGUGUGUGACCCCGCCGCCAUCACCCCAUUCCCCCUCUCUUUCCUCCCCCUCCGCCCUAAACUCCUUCCCACCUGUCCACCUCGGCGCUCCAGUUGUGGGCCCCCUGCCUCUCGACCGGCAGGCAGAGGCAGGGGGCCAUGGCGCCAUGGUAGCCUUCAGCGGACGCAACGCCCUCGCCAUGAGCAGCGUGACCCCUCCAGAGAGCAGGGUUCAGGGGUCCAGCUUCACCCCACAUCACUACAAGCCCUUCAGCUCGCAUGCACACUACCAGCAGGUGAUGCAUGCAUUGCGUAAGCUACAGGAGAGUGGGUUUUACUGGGGGGCUGUUGGCGGCCGGGAGGCCAGCUCCCUGCUGCGCUCAGAGCCGCCCGGCACCUUCCUGAUCCGCGACUCCUCGGACCACCACCACUUCUUCACCCUCUCUGUCCAGACGGCUCGAGGAACCAAGAACCUGCGCAUCCACAGCGAGGGAGGCGGCUUCUUCCUACAGCCGGACCCCCAAAACACCCAAGAGCCGCCGCAGUUUGACUGCGUGCUUAAACUCAUAGCGCACUACAUGGGGAAAGGGCCGGAUACUGGAAGGAGCAGAGAGGGGGCGUGCGGGGGGAAUUCAAGAGAGGCAGAAAAGAAGGGGUGCAGUGUGUAUCUGAUUCACACCGGCGGGGAGAGGAUUCCCUUGGAGCUGCGCCGGCCCCUCUUAAGUUCUCUCUCGUCCCUGCAGCACAUGUGCAGGAGGACCCUGAACAACCUGGGGGGGUCGGAGCGAGCAGAGCAGCUCCCGCACACGCUAAGAGACUUCCUGGAGGAGUACGACGCUCCUAUAUGACUGACAGGAACCGCAGAGGUUCCACUACAUGGACCAGGUGCCUGGAGGACGGCGCAGACCAGUUCUGUGAAUAUGCGCGCCACCAGAUACUGGCCAGUUAGACGCCAAUGUGAGGUCAGUGUUUCAUUGAGAUCCAGAUCUGCUUCACAGACGGGCACCAUCGACCUAGAGUCUCCCGCUGACCCGGGGGUCUGGGAUGAGGAGUGUGAUUUAGGUAACCAGCGAUUACCUCGUCCGUCCUGCCUUGCAAAAACUGACCACUAAUGUGAGUGGCAAACAAAGCCAGAGGUCGGAGGUCAAUGUUUCCUAUGACUGACUCAGACGCAGAGCAGAGCCUCGUAGAAGAUUAACCCGAUCGGUCGAUAUUAACGACGACGGCGACGACAUGAUCAGUACGCCACCAGUGAUCCCUUUAAUGUGCUCAAGAAGAAAACCUCUCCUCUCCUCGCCUCCGUCAGCCUGACAUUUACAACUCUUUGGAUCAGCGGACAGAAAGAAAGACGACAAAGAGCAGGAGGGUUCAGAGGGGGUGAACGAAGGAGGAGUUACAGAAAAAAGGCAAAGUCCAAACGAGGGGCCCAAAGCAGCGAACAUACACCAUUUGUUUGUCUGAAUGUGUGUGUGUGUUUGUGUGUUGUGGUGGUGCACACAUUUCCAUCGCUGCUUCCCGCAAGUGUUGCCUCACAGGGGGGGAGAGGGGCGGUCAUGCACGCUCGCUCCACACACACACACACACACACACAGAUGCAGGUACAGGCCAGCACGUAGGUUUUUGUGGGAACAAGAGAGAGGAGAAAAAAAGGCAUUACAAAGCAUCUUCUCCUGUUUGUUUCUUGAUUCUCCUCCAUUACCCCGCUCCCUGAAACCCUUUUGAGUUGACAGUGACAGAAAACAGACUGCUGUUGCCGAGACAAAAGCUUGUUACCGAGACAAAAGCCUUGGCACGGCACCAAAGAAAACAGCAGAACUUAUUUUUAUCCAGACCGGCUGGAAAAAUGUCAGCAACACUGUAAAGGCUCCUUGGGGAAUGACGACGAUGAUGAUCCAAGAGAUUUCUUGGGGGGGGUGAGGGUGAAGAAAAAGGAUUGAACGAAGGAGAAAGACGAGCGGGAAAUGGGAUUAGGAAAGGGAAAUUGAAGAGGACAGAGAAGUGGGGAGGGGGCUCGGGGAGAAGGGGUGGAGACAUACUGGUAUACAGCUAAACAAAAACAUUGAUUGACGUCCCCCAGACUUAGAGGAAAUGAUCGCGCUCAACAGGAUGCUGCUCCUGCAAAUAUAGGUUCGCUGAGACGCCCCUGAAACUCUGGCUGAGUCUUAAUUCUGUCUUUUAGACCCUCUCACAGCGAUUUCUUCUUUAACAUUAUCAUCUCGAACGUUUUCUUUUUGUGUCUGUUCAGUGUCUCCCUCCUGGUUCGUCUUACAUCAUGAAGGAGGAAAUGAACUGUUGUGUGUUUUUAAUCCCUGUAACUCUAGAAAGGUUUCUCACCCUUAUUGUUACCUCUGAAGCAGUUGGGUUUGUCUGAAUGUCAAAGGAACACAAGACUUCCUUGAAAGUGAUUCUGAAAAAAAAAGCCUUUUGUAAAAAAAACAAAAAACAAAGACUCAGAUUUGAUCAGAACUGUCUGUGUUUGACCAGUGCGUGAACUUACCUGUGAUCCAUAUUGGAGUGGUAGCCUUUUUCACAUCAUGCAAAUUUUGUGGCCACUUGAGACAAAGAGAGCACUGAAAUCGUACCGUAGCGACAUAUUCUUUUUGGUCAAAUCUCAGUCUUGUUUUCUCACAUCAACACCAAGUUUGUUUGUUGUUUUUUAUUACAUGUGUCGCACCAGUCGGACCACACGUGUAUGUGAAUCAUUUUGUCUUUUAUAAAGACUCUCUUGCAAAAGGCUGGCCACUAGUCUGGCAGAAAUACAAGCUGUAAUAUCUGAAAUGACAAAGCAUUACAAAAAAAAAAAUAAAUGAAAAGGAAACGUUGCACAUAUUUAUAUUUCUAAAAUAUUUCAAUAAUUUAUAUUAAAGAGCACUAUUUUUACAAAAGUC